GGCCUGCGGCGAAAUCAUUUCAUUUUUUGAACGCCAAUACGCUUAUUGGCAUACCAUUACAACAACAGCGAUUAAACUCAAAUCUAUUACGUCACAAAUUUGAUCUUAGUAAAGAGCUCAAGUCGUACAAGAAAUACAAAAUCAUGGCUGAGGGUAAUCACAAUAUAUGCGACUCCCACAUGCAGGUGAAGGAAGAGGCCGAUGAGGAGAGGUUGUAUAUUGAUGUUGAUGUGGUUGGUAUUGACGUGGUAAAGUUUAUCCGCAUGAGUGAAAAUCACGACAGCGUCCAGGUGAAGAGGAUCAAUGAAAACAGCGUCCGGAUGGAGGAUUUGAACGACAGCAGCGUCCAGAUCGUGGAGGAGAUUAGCAGCACAAGUGAAGAUGACAGAGAGAACGUGGAGGCGGGUGAAGAUCGUUUGCUGUCUGGCAUCAAUGACUGCAGCGUCCAGAUGGAUGAGACAAAAAAUAAGUAAACCGCACUAUCUGAGCUGGAACGCGUAACUGACAACUGUGUAUAUGUACACACAUAUUUAUCUAUUUACAUAUUUAUGUCAGU